UAAGUUUCCCUCUCAUUCUUAAAAUUUGACACCCAAUUCAAUUCCCACAAAAAUAACAAACAACAAUGCCUCCAUCAAAUACCCUUGUGCAGCAACUCUAGCAGUCUUUCUUUCUUUCAAGAACCUAAAAAAGCUACAAACUUUGGAUAUUUUAGUUUGCACCCAACAAAAGAAAGCAUCUUAUGAUAUCAAUCCAAUCCAAUCCAAUCAUCUUUUCAUAACAUCUUCAAGUCUUAAUUAGAAGAAGAAUUCAAGAAUCUGUUGUGGUGCAAGCAAAUGUCUAAUACCUUAAGAAGAGAUGAUACACAAGAGCUGCAGAAGCAAUUAGGAUGCAUGAAUGGGAUUUUUCAGAUCUUUGACCGGAGAUACCUUCUUGGUCAACGCCGCCAUAGCCAUAGCCACAACCAGAAGAAGCUACCUCAAGGUCAAAGUGACAAUGGUGAAAAAGAGGUCAAGAAUGUUAAGGAUAAAGCCGCAAAGGCGGUGGUCACAAAAGAGGAAGACAGGGUCUCCGUUGAACUGCCAAGAAACUCGUUUUCGUCUUCCAGCUCGUCUACUGUCAUGUCAUCAUUAGAUUAUAGCAAAAGAGUUCAAACAGAAGUGUCCUCUUCUUGCCAAAGUGUCAUCUCCGAAUCCUCUUCAUCUCCAUUUUCACGCCGAAAAAAACCAAAUUUAUCUAUACUAUCACCCGAUAUCCGAGCUGUAGUCAAAGAUUCAAUGACGAGAGAACCCCGUGUAGUGUCAAUCGCAAAAGACGAACGAGUAGGCACCGCAAUGAAGCAUAUCGACUCUCCGAGGCCAUUUCCGCCUCAAAAACACGACAGAAGCAAUCAAAACCUCAGGGAGACAGCACGGUUUUCGUGUGACGGGCGGGAGUCACGGUAUCAGUAUAUGAAGAUCAAAGAGCUUCCGAGGUUGUCGUUGGAUAGCAGACAAGGGUAUAUCAAUAAUUCUGCCAAUGAUCUGAUAAGUAAUAAGCGACCGUCAAGUGUUGUGGCGAGAUUGAUGGGUUUGGAAGCUUUAACUGGCACCAAUGAUGAAAGUAAAACGUUGAAAACAAACAGUUGUUUAAAUGAAGAACCGGUAAUCAAUUCAAGAUCAACAAAAGAGGAUAAACAAAAGCAUGACUCUACUUCUGUUUCUCCACAAAGGGGAGUCAAAGUCAAAGUCAAAGUCAAUCAUGUAAUGACAAGAAUACCCCUGGAAACGGCUCCAUGGAAGCAGGAAGGCGGUGGUCGGGGCCCGUUCAAGAUUAAGGAAAGCCCGUCGCGAGCCGAACAGGCUUCCCGGUCAAUUUAUGAUGAGAUUGAGAAACGGUUGACCGAAAACGAGUAUAAAACAGCUGGGAAGGAUAUCAGAGCGCUUAAGCAGAUUCUAGAAGCAAUGCAGAAGGCAAAAAAGAGGUUGGAGAAUAACGAACACGCGUUGGAUAAUAGCAGCAUUGAUGAUACUUUGAGCCAGAAAGUUGACCAACCAGUUUCCCCGACUACAAGUCAACAAAAGGUCAAACACGCAGAUGCAAGAAAGGAACCAGUUGGUAGGAAUCGGUUGAAAGAUCCGACUCUAAGAGACAGGAAGGUAACGGGUAGACCACCGUCAACUUCGAGUUUUCCAGAACAUUCUGGAGCUGUGAGCCCAAGACUGCAGAGAUCAAAGAACAGUAUGCAGUAUGGGCCAUCGUCCGACUGGACCAGGCCCAAGAAGCAACCCAGUAUGCAACGAACAAUACCGGGUUCAACAAACAGAAACUCAAAAGCAAAGUCCAUGGAUCCACUGCAAGACAGCAGUGAAACAAGAUAUAUAAGUCCACAAAGUGAUACAGUUUCCUUCCAAUCAAAAAAUGAUUCAGAAGUAGCGAGCAGCGAGUGGGCCCAAGAGGUCAUUAGCCCGUUUCGACCCAAGGAAAACCAGAGGAGUAAUAUCACGGAAAGGUUGACUGAAGAGAAGCCGACAGUUGACCAUGCUAAACAUACCAUAGAACAACCCAGCCCGGUCUCGGUCCUUGAUGCAUUCUACACAGAAGAAACACCGUCACCAGUAAAGAAGAAAUCUAUUGCAUUUAAUGAUGUUGAGAACUUACACUAUGAAGAAACACAAGAUCAAUCAAGAACGAAUAAGUUGGCAAACAGAACAAGCCCGGAUCGGUAUUCUAAGUUCAACACAAUGAAACUAGAAAGCGUAAAGAACUUAGUUCACCAAAUUGAAAUGUUGAACACACACACUGAUGAUUCUACUGUCGAUCGCACAGUAAAAUCUUCGUGCGAUGGUGAAACAGGAGAUCGCGAAUACGUAGAAGAUAUCAUAUUAGCCUCGGGAUGCUUAAAAGACCUGGACCGCACAACCACAAUACUUCAACUUCAUCCAACUGUCAGUUUGAUCAACCCUGGUUUGUUCCACGUGUUAGAGAAAACUAAAGCAUGCACAGAGCUUACAGACGACCUAUACAACAAAAACUUCACAGCAUCAAAAAUCAGAAGAAAAAUGGUAUUUGAUACAGUGAACGACGUUCUUAGCCACAAACUAGCCAUGUUAGGUCCUUUCGGGCCACACAAAGGAAAAGUUCUGAAUGGAGACAAGUUACUUAAAGAAUUAUGCGCAGACUUAGACGGUCUGCAAAACAAAUCAGAAAUAAGCGGAUAUGAUGAAGAUGAUGAAGUUACAAACAUCCUGAAUGUGGAUGUGAAUAAAAGGUCACCAGACUGGGAUGAACAUUGUCAUCAGGUUCCAGGUGUGGUGUUGGAUAUAGAGCGGUUAAUAUUUAAAGAUUUGAUUAGUGAGGUUGUCAACUUUGAGGUAACGAAUCUGCAGGACUGGCCCGUGAGGCCGCAUUGCAGGCGACUGUUUACCAUGUAGAAGUUGAAAUCUUGCGCGGUUUAUCUUCGCUUGGUUUAGAAGCAUAAGGUUAGUUUAGCGAAAACAUGUAUUUGCAAAGCGAAAAAAGCUUAUUGAAGGCGUAUAAACUAUAAUACAAACUAACUGCAUUUAUGUAUGUAUAUCUUGUUUGCUACAACUCAUGGAAUUGUAAUAACUGAAGCAGCAUGUAUUGUACAAUGUUUGACCAUUAUUGUGAAAGGUGUUUGAAAUUUGUUAUA